AUGGCAGAACCACCAAUAGUCCUUGAUGGAGGAACUGGUUUCCUGAAAGUCGGAUAUGCAGCUCAGAAUUUCCCAGAGUUUCAAUAUCCUUCUAUUGUCGGUCGACCAAUAUUGCGAUCCGAAGAAAAGGGUGAUGAUGGCAUGGUGAUUAAGGACAUCAUGUGUGGUGAUGAAGCUGCCGCAGCGAGGACAAUGCUUCAAGUCUCAUACCCUAUGGAAAAUGGUAUUGUCAAGAAAUGGGAUGAUAUGCAACACCUUUGGGAUUAUACAUUUUACGAGAAAAUGAAGGUCGAUCCUACUGGCCGGAAGAUUCUCUUGACAGAACCACCAAUGAACCCCUUAAAGAACAGAGAACAAAUGUGCGAAGUCAUGUUUGAGAGGUAUCAAUUUGGAGGAGUUUACGUGGCUAUUCAAGCUGUUUUGGCUCUAUAUGCACAAGGUCUCAGUUCUGGAGUUGUGGUUGAUUCUGGAGACGGAGUUACGCACAUUGUACCAGUUUACGAAUCGGUUGUUCUCAACCAUCUCACUCGUCGUCUUGAUGUCGCCGGUCGAGAUGUUACACGAAACUUAAUUGCUCUCUUAUUACGUCGCGGAUAUGCUUUGAACAGAACAGCGGAUUUCGAAACUGUUCGACAAAUUAAGGAGAAGCUUUGCUAUGUUUCUUACGAUCUUGAGUUAGAUCAACGCUUGAGUGAAGAUACAACUGUAUUAGUUGAAAGUUACACUCUACCUGAUGGGCGUGUGAUCCGGGUUGGAAGUGAACGUUUCGAAGCUCCUGAGUGCCUCUUCCAACCUCAUCUCGUCGAUGUUGAACAACCCGGUAUUGCCGAGUUCCUUUUCAACACCAUUCAAGCUGCAGAUGUCGAUGUGCGAUCCUCUCUCUUCAAAGCUAUCGUUCUAUCUGGUGGUUCAUCUAUGUAUCCUGGUCUGCCAUCACGACUCGAGAAAGAAUUGAAACAAUUAUGGUUAACAAGAGUUCUCGGUGGAGAUCCUGAACGUUUAAAUAAGUUCAAGGUCCGAAUUGAAGAUCCUCCUAGGAGGAGGCAUAUGGUUUUCCUGGGAGGUGCAGUGUUGGCAAAUAUUAUGGCUGAUAAAGAGAACAUGUGGAUUACAAAGCAAGAAUGGGAGGAGCAAGGCACAAGAGUAUUGGAAAAGUUGGGACCUAGAUAG